AUGGGCAAGAAAAAUAAGUCUCAGUCGGAGAAGACUGAGCAGCAGCCCGCAGCUAAUCUUCCUUUCUUGGGUGGAAAUGCGUCUAUCGACCCGACUCUGGCGUCCCUGUUUGACCAGAGUGCUGGUCCAGUAAAGGCCCCAACUGUCGUGCCAUCUGCCCCACGAGUCGAAAAGAAGGAUGCCGAAGAAGAUGCGGAUGAAGCAGAAUCAGACCAGGACGACGAUGAGGUGAUGCAGGAGGCCCCGGAAGAUAGCAUUGAUGCCGUCGAAGAUGAGAGUUCCGAAGCUCCCAGCCGGAAACGAAAGAGGGCGACUGGAGACGAUCUCGAAGAAUCUUACAUGCGUCGCAUAGAAAAGGAGGAACAGAAAGAGGAAGAGAAACGCCGUGCAUCGGAGAAAUCGAAAAGGCAAAAGGUCAAGGCUCAAAAGGACGACAGCGACAAAUCGACCGACGAAUCGGAGGGUUCUGAAGACGAGGCUGAGUAUGAAGAUGCAUCCUCGGACGAAGAGGAUGGCAAGACUUCUGUGCCAGUGCAUGAGAGCAAGGCAGACUCUAGCGAUCUCGACAAGUCCAACCGCACCGUCUUCCUGGGCAAUGUCUCGACUCAGGCUAUCAAGUCCAAAACUGCCAAGAAGACCCUUCUCAAGCACCUGGCCUCUUUCUGUGCUGAUCUUCCCGAAUCCUCCGGACCUCACAAGGUGGAGUCAAUCCGUUUUCGUUCUACGGCUUUUGCCAGCGGGGGGCGUGUUCCAAAGAGGGCUGCAUUCGCUAGGAAAGAAGUCCUGGACGAGACUACACCUAGCACAAAUGCAUACGCCGUUUACAACACCGUCCAGGCUGCUCGAAAGGCGCCUGCGGCCUUGAACGGGACCGUCGUUUUGGAUCGUCAUCUACGUGUCGACAGCGUUGCGCACCCUUCGGCCGUUGACAAUAAACGAUGCGUCUUUGUCGGAAACCUGGACUUCAUUGACCAGGAAGGAGAUGUGGACGAGGAAGGAAAUAAGAAAAAGAAAAAGAACACACCCCCCGCCGAUGUUGAGGAAGGUCUGUGGCGCACGUUCAAUGCGAACAUCAGCAAGCCCAAGGAGAAGGGCUCUAAGGGUAACGUUGAGUCGGUACGAGUGAUCCGAGACAACCUCACCCGUGUCGGCAAAGGAUUUGCGUAUGUCCAGUUCUACGAUCCGAACUGCGUGGAGGAGGCCAUCCUGCUGGACGGGAAAAAGUUUCCUCCCAUGCUGCCUCGGAAACUGCGCGUAUCGCGAGCCAAGAGGAUGUUCAAGAAGCGCGACGGUCCUGAACGCAACGCGAAGGAUAGGGCUAUGGGAGAGUCCCACCGCACGCUCCAAGGACGUGCUGGAAAGCUAUUCGGUCGGGCCGGUGCGGCCAAGCUGAAGGCUGGGGAGAAGCGAUCCAUCUCACAGAAUUCCACCGUGUUUGAGGGCUACCGCGCGACUGAAGAUGGACCUCGAAUUAAGGUGAAGACAAAGAGCCGUGGAUCGAAGGGAAAGCCAAAGAACAGGAGCAGUCAGCGCGCAGCAGCAUACAAGGCUGCAGGAGGAAGGCAAGGAAAGAUGGCGAAGAAGGAUAAAUGA